AUGUCUCGUCCUGAGGAUACCCUCCCACCGGACCUAUUCUACAAUGAUUCCGAAUCCCGCAAAUACACAUCCUCCUCCCGAAUAAAAAAUAUUCAAUCCGACAUGACACAUCGUGCCCUCGAACUGCUUGAACUUACCGCUCCGUCAUUGAUCCUAGAUGUUGGUUGUGGUUCCGGCUUGUCCGGUGAAAUUCUCUCCUCCGUCGAGCCAUCCGACGGCGGUCCACACACAUGGAUUGGCAUGGAUAUAUCACCCAGCAUGCUCGAUGUUGCGCUCCAACGGGACGUGGAAGGUGACCUGUUCCUAGCCGAUAUUGGGCAAGGCGUGCCGUUCAGACCCGGCACUUUCGAUGCAGCUAUAAGCAUCAGUGCGAUCCAGUGGCUUUGCAACGCCGAGACUAGCGAUGUUAGCCCAGAAGGUAGGCUAAAGCGGUUUUUCGAAGGGCUAUAUGCCUCCCUACGACGAGGUGCUAGAGCUGUAUGCCAGUUCUACCCCAAAAAUGACGCGCAGAGAGGGAUGAUCAGUGGUGCGGCUAUAAAGGCUGGUUUCGGCGCGGGUAUCCUUGAAGAUGACCCUGGUACGAAAAAUGGGAAAACCUAUCUUGUCCUUACAGUUGGUGGAGGCGGUUUACAGGGCGACAUUACUGGUGUGGUCAAGGGAAUGGACGACGUCGACAUUUUGGACGCGAGAAGGAAGGCCAGGGACGCAGCCAAGGGACGCAGAGGACCAGAUCAAUCGCAUGUCAAAGGGACCAAGGCCUGGAUUUUAAGAAAGAAAGAUCAGAUGGAGAAGAAAGGGAAGGUCGUCAAGGCGAGCUCGAAAUAUACCGGAAGGAAGAGACGAAUUGCAUUUUGA